AUGGAGUCUUACACGCACGCGCCCAGCCCACCCCACUCAACAUCGGUACCCUCUGACUCGGGCGCUGUCGAUUCACGGGCGUCACCCCCGAAUACCGUGCAGGCCGCUUGUCUUGCAUGCAGGGGAAAGCAUCUAAAGUGUGAUGGGAAGUAUCCGUGCUCGCGCUGUCAAACAUCAGAAUCCGAAUGUGUCUACGUGGCAUCUCGUCGCGGUUAUAAAGGACCGAGAAAGAAUGCCGUCUCAAACCCAAAUAAGCGUCAUGCAACUGACUCUCCGCCAUCCGCCGGCGGCGAUAGUUGUCCGAUGCUGCUGGGUGCGACGGUUUCAACCGCUGCGCCUCCGAGCUUAGCGACCUUUAAUCCGGCCAUGGUAAUCCCCGAGUCGCCCGCAACGCCAUUUGCGCCCCCUGGCAUGAACGGCCUUCAAUUGUACAGAAACCCUUACCUUAACGGUACUAAUGGUGCUCUGGUAGAAGCAAACUCGCGACCACAGACGGUUCCGGAGCGCUGUAUCGAUUCGUUCUACUACUUUUUCUACCCUGGUCACCCUGCUGUUCUACCAAAGGACCACCUGCUCAAGAUGUCGAAAGAGAGGGACCUUAAUCACUUGCUCGCAGCGAUGAGGUGGGUUGGGUCCUUAUAUAUCGACGCCGGUCCUUCUCGUGCUACGUUCUUCGAAGAGGCUAUGCGUUUGGUCUACGCUCCGAACGUUGUCAAGGAUGGCUACUUGGUUCAAGCUAUGGUCAUUGUCCUCAUAGGACUAGAUGGCAACUGCCAACAGGAAAAGGCACGCGAAAUUCUCUCCGACGUCGAGCGGAUCGCCAUAGAAAUAGGCCUCUAUACGAGGGCUUACGCCACGAUGCACGGAGGCGGUGUCCCAAGGCUAGAAGAGAGUUGGCGACGGACGUGGUGGGACUUAUUCGUUGUAGACGGAAUGGUUGCCGGAGUGCACCGUCACACAAAUUUCCUCCUCUUUGAUAUCGUGGCUGAUGUUGGCCUUCCAUGCGAAGAACAUGAAUACACGUCAGGAAAUAUCCCACGCCCGAUGUAUUUAGAGGACUUCGACGAUCAGAUUUUCUCUGGAGAAGAACGAGAGUUCUCCUCGUUCGCCUACCGCGUUGCAUCCAUAAGGAACCUCGGGCGCAUGAUGCGACUGAGCGGUUAUCCGAGCGACGAGAAUGUCAACAGGAUCGAAACGUUGCUUUCCAACUGGAGGAUGCACUUGCCGCGGUCGAAGCAGCACAGUUUGAACAAGAACUGCCAGCCAGACGAGAUGAUGUUCCAAGCACAUAUGAUUAAUCAUGCCUGCUCGAUAAUGUUGCAUCAGCCUCUUUCACAGCUAGAUUCGUCGCCGGCACGUGAAGUAACGGCUUGCGCGCCACAUCGAGCAGUCGAGAGUGGUGACCAUUUUAAUAUCCACACUAGGCAUAUCAUCACGGCCUCGUGCGAGAUCAGCAAGAUGGUUACGUAUAACGUGCCAAUCACUAGCCAUACGCAUUUUUUCACGUGUGUGCUGACCCUUUCCUCGAUCGUCCAUCUUAGCAAAUGGGCCCUCGAGUACUUCAUCCAAGACGAAGACGAACUUCGACAACGAAUCCGACUAAAUAUCGGAGCUCUAAAUAAGCUCAGCGGCGUUUGGAAGGCAGCCAGUACGGCGUCAAGCCAAGUCAAGGGCGUCGCACAGGAGAUCUACCGCGCUAAGAGGGCGCAGCAGAAUAACCCUUCGUUCUGGGUCGGGUUCACGCAGGAAGAAAUUAUCAGCAGCAUGGCAGCCGACGAGGGCAUCAUGUCCGAGAUCAACACUAUGCUCACGAGCGCACCGAGUGCACCUUGA